AUGUACUUGAUCUGCCUCGUCUCACAGAACGACCCCAUCAAACGCUCCACCAGCCCACUCCCGCCGGUGUGGAAGAAUGAGGAUGGCCAAGCCGAAACUCUCAAGUCAGUAUGGGCCGAUGCAUCAGGACAGCAGAUCAGUGACGUCGAAGCCGAGCGUCGUCAGCGCGAGAAAGAGCAGCGCGAGCAGAAGCAAGCACCUGGAGGUUGCUGUGGUACCAAGUCGAAGGAGACAAAGUCUGGCCCAAGUGGCUGCCGCCAUCUCGAAAACAUCAAGCAAGAACAGAUCACCGACAUUCCCGCCUUCACAGAUGUCCCCGAAGCCGAGAAACGCCGACAGUACAACGCCUCACAAUUGAGCUUCAUGUCAAGUCAGAACUACUACAUGCCCUCGUCAUCCGCCCAAACUGGCCCCAUUUAUGCGCCGGCUGCACCUAUGGAGAGUUGUACAGGAGGUUCGGCAAGUUUUCGCUUGACCAUGAACAAGCCAAAUCCAGCAAACAUUCAUCAGUUCUUCCCACAGGCAACCACUGGCGACGUCAUGAUGAGCUACCCGAUAGAGCAAAACGCGUGGCCAGAAUCACCAAAUUUCGAUCAACCACUCGAUGCUUUCCAGCCUGGUCCUUCCCCACCGUCGCUGCCCGACCUUCCGGAAAACGCAGGUUUCGACGUGCCUCCUCUUGAUCCGAAUAUGAACUGGAUGGCACAACACCCCAAUUGGGAGAUGCACCUCGGAACCGGCCACGUCGAUCAGAUAUUUCAAUCCGAUCCUUCGUCGUUGCAGAUUGCCACACCCAACCAUUUUGGCAUGCAAUCGACUCAAGCACCCAUGCACUACAAUACUUUCACGCCGAGUGCGCAACACUCGAUACCGCCUUCAAACGAUAGCAUGUAUGCGAGUGCGCCAUCAAAUUUCGGUCACACGCCAAACCCACCUUCGAUGUUCUCCCCAGACUUCAGUCAGGCCAUGCAUUCGGAUUACCAACGACAGCCAUCGAUCAGUACAGGGAUGGCCACUCCAGGAACAACAGCCGAUACACCGUCAAGGGGUAGUGUGGCUUAUUCGCCAAACCCCAUGCCUAUCUUCCCUCCCAAACUUAGCCAUUCCGAGCACUCCUCUUGGAGCCGACGACGGCCAACAAUGAGCACAGCUAUGCCACACUCGGUAGCGACAAAUUCGAUGCUGUCAAGGGGCGGUGGGAGUUGUUGUGGGGGUCCGUCAAAUGAUAUAAACGGUACAUUCUUCCCAAGCAUGCCCUUAUCGCCUACGAUUCCACCAGAUGGGUCCGUGUACCCAGGUUCGGUUUUUGGGCUGUAG